AUGGACAUGUACGACAAAAUAUCAUCGCCUGAGGAUGUUACGGAGAGACCCCAGGCUCCUCCAGGUCCACCAGCCCCAAGGCAUCAGAGACUCACAACCUUUUGCAUCGGGUUCUUGAUGGUAUUCUCCCUCUUCAGCGUCGGCAGAGAGGUCAAAGACUACUUCUACCAAGAACCUACCCUCAACAGCCGAUCAACAGCAAAACGAGACCUGGGUUCUUGGGGUCAAGCUAUCGACGCUAUAGUAACUCCAGAUACUGUCGAAGCUAUCGGCAACGACCCAAGGCUAAGAAGGACAUUGAUGUCCAUGGUCGAUUACACCUUUGAUCUCACAGAUCAGCUAGCCGCCCGCUAUGAGUCCCCUCAACUCCAGGAGACAAGAGAAGCACUACGAGAGUACAAGGAGCAGAUCAGGAGGAGCCUCGAAGGGUUGAGGGACGAUAAACGAGUCUCGAGUCAACUCCAUAGACGACAGCUCCCAAGUCUCGGAGAACUCUUUGGAGCGGCGGUCUCUGGAGGUAGCGCCGAUGGUGGUGGUGGUGGUGGUGGAGGAGGAGGCGGUGGACUUCCCAACCCUUUCGGCCUCCCACUCCCCGGGGCACCGGGUGGUUCUCCAGGCGGCGCUCCCGGAGGUGGUACGGGUCCCCUAGGCCUCCCUGGUCUUCCAACUCCAGGCGGUGGCGGUGCCGAUGGAGGCGGGAUGUCAGCUGGCAUACUCAGUGGCCUUCUACAACCCCUGAAAGACGGCCUCAGCAACGUCGGAAACCAACUGGUCGCCAACCUCAACGGUCCGGGCAUGUUCCUCGGCAUCGGUGUCGGAGCCGGAGCGGCUCAGGGGCUCAACUUGUCCACACAAGCAAAGACGAUGGAAGUCGCAGCAAAGGUUGCGGCAGACAACAAGAUGGAGGCCACCGGUCUCAACCCUGCCAUCCAGAACCUGGGCGUGGGACUAACUUCCACCCUCAUCGGCGCCAUCGACUUCAACAGCCUAGGCGGCAACCUCACAAAUCAGCUCCAGCCCAUCGCCCUGUCUCUCGCAACGGGUCUCGGAAACGGCACAGUCGCGGGUCUGAAGCUGAACGCCAACGCAGCGAACCUCGAGCCUGUAAACGAUUCGUCCAUCCCCAACGUCAUCGGCACCUUUGGAUUUGGUCUGACAAAGACCGUGACGGCCAAUAUUGACAUCAACCAGCUUUUCAACUCGGCCAAUAACCCCAACACCACGAAGCAAAUCAUGCGUAUCCUCCCGGCCGCGGCAUCGGGCUUCGGCAAGGGCCUGGGGCAGGGAGCGACGGUCGGAUUGGGCCUACAGCCUGACUCUGCGGUGCCGAUGCAGCAGAUGCCCGACGACCAGAUCGACUUUGGCGGUAUCUCGCAGACGUUCGCCAAGGGUCUGACAAGCAGCUUCCUCCAGAACGGUACCGCGACCGAGUUGCUCAACAAGGUGGGCGGGUCGAUGAACAUGAACGGGCAGAACGGCGGAGGGAUUCCGGCGACCAUCAAGUUUAACGGCAUGGACAUCCAGGUCAGCAAGGUCGCACAGGGCUUUGCUCGCGGGUUCCUUCAGGGCGCCGGGGAUGCAAUCCAAGGCAUGGGCGGCGUGCAGUCUCUCUUCGAGGGUAACGCCACCAUGCCCACCGGCGCGAUGCCCGACGCCAAGCUCCAGUUCGACGACUCGCUCGGCGGAGCUGCCAGUGGUUUUGGAGUCGGGAUCGGUGGGCAGGGCGUCCUCGUCGCGUAUGGACUGGCUAGCAAACCGCGAGGAAACACUCAGCCUGCCGCGAAUGCGCCGGCGGCCCCAGCUGCUAGCACGCCCGCCCAACGCCGGGAUGUCGAAUUGGUCUCGAGACAAGAUCCCCCGCCGGUGGUCUCCGUGAACACCACCGAGGGAUUCAACCUAUCCGUCGUGAUCAACGCGCAAACCAUUUCGAUGGCUGCUCAAGCCGGUGUCAAUGCCCUUACCUGUCAAGGCGUGGGUGGUUUGGGCCUCAUUGGCUUCGGACUUAUCCGCAGCAAGACCAUCGCAUUGGACUCCUUCAAUAAUGGAAACGUGACGAAGACUGCGAAGCAAGUGAUUCCGACUGGGAUCAUCAAGGUUUCCAACGAGGGGCAUUCGUAUGCCAUUGACGGACAGGUGAUCCGGGACUCUCUUGGAAACUCGAUCAUAAACGCUGCCAAUGGCAUCGAAGUCAACGGAUUCAAGCUACCAGGUUGGAUCGCCUUCUUGGUUCUCCACAUCCUCUUCGCCAUCAUCGCUUACAUCAACAUCCUUCCCUUGGCCAUCGGGCUGGAGCACAUGCGCAACCUCCUUCUCCGCAUCAACGCCCCUCCAAUUCUGCCAAAGAUCGAAAAAUGGAACAACAUCAUGUGGCUAUUCAUCAUGGGGCCUUCAGUGGUUGUUGUUCUCAUAUUUGGCAUACUCGUAACUGCGAAGUCAUCUCACUUUCGCACUGCCCACGGUAUCAUAAGCCUCUUUACAACCCUGGUUGGCUUGGCAGCUUUCUUGAUGCAUCUCGCCAUCAAGGCCCGCGCGCCUCCUGGACUCCCAAACACCUCCCGCUCCGGCCCCGCGCCACCGGCGCCCCUCCUCAGUCUCCCCAACAUCCGCGUCAUGGUUAACCAGCUCUUCCUGAUUCUCUCGUUCGCCUCUGUCAUCACCGGAUUUGCUGAUCUCAGCUCUGUGGCUCUAUGCUUUACGCAAGUUGUUCCUUUUGAUCUGGCGCUGGUCAUUGGGUUUAGUCUCUCCACGGUCUUCGUCCUGGGAUCCUCCGUCUCGGGACUUGACAUUGCGCUUACAGUCCGAGACUUUUUGAGGCACAAGAAGGCCCUGAAAGGCGGCGAUAAGACAAACGCCGCAGAAAGAGGCGCCGAGAGAGGUGUUGUCAUGCAGGGCAAGAUUUCUCAGCCAGCGAUGGUUGACGAGAAGGGCGCAUUUGCAUAG